AUGGACGACAGAGGUAUCCUAAGACUCAGAAGGUCUGCGCGGGUUCUGGGCAAGCGUUCCAGAACAGAGUUCGAGAAUGACGGCACCGCGCCCUCUCCUACGUUAUCGGUUGAUCGCACUCCUACUUUGCCCAUCGAUCCCACACCUUCCUCCCCAAGUGUGCGUCAGGCCACCCGAACUAUCAGAACUGGAGAAUGCCUUGCAUGCGGAGAGGAUUUUCCCCGAUCAACAAUGCUAUCGGCGCCAUGUACACAUUUGUUCUGCAAACCAUGUGCUGGCCGUCUUGUCAGCGUGGCAAUGAACAGCGAAUCUUUCUUUCCAGCGCGGUGUUGCGAGAAUACGAUCUCUGUUACUCUCCGGAAUCACUUCUCGAAGGAGGUAGUAGCCCAAUAUGAGGCUAAGCGGAUCGAGUUCGAGAUACCUCGCCUCGAACGUGUUUAUUGCAGUAGUCCGCCGUGCGCUGCAUUCAUCCCACCGGCACAAAUCAUUUCAGGGGUUGCUCACUGUACGCACUGCCUGACUAAUACAUGUGUCGCAUGCAAAAAGAAAGCGCACAAUGGAUUUUGCCGUAAACUUGGGGAAGAAGAUUUGCAGAGUGUGCUUCAACUGGCUGAGAGCACGGGAUGGAAGCGUUGUGGCAAGUGUGGCCAUCUCAUUGAGAAGAGCGCUGGUUGCAACCAUAUGAUUUGUCUCUGUGGCCAUGAUUUCUGCUAUAACUGUGGCAAGGAUAUUAGGGGAUGUGUCUGUCACCGUAUGCCGCCCCCGGGCGUGAUUGCUCAACCGAUGACGGAAGAAGAGAGGAUCGCUAUAGAAGGAUGGGAUGGCUAUGACGACUGGGGAGAAUUGGAGGACGAGACGCCUUGCAAUCACCGAUGGACCAGACUGCUCGAGCCAUCGAAUUGUCAAGAAUGUGGUAAGACAGUACAGGGCUACAACAUCUUCGUUUGUCGCGCAUGUCAACUCGUUGCUUGCCUCGCAUGCCGUCGCGAACUUUGA